AUGUUCAGGGAGAGGAAUUCAAGAAUGUAUUUGAUAUGUGCUAACAAAAUCAAAGAAGUUGAGAUUUUUGAAGAGUUGUGGAGAAGCACUGUUGAGAAGCUUAAUCUGCAUUGUAAUGAGUGGGUGUCCAAGAUGUAUAGGAUACGUAGUCGAUGGGCACAUGCAUUCUUGGUUGGGAAGUUCACAUGUGGAAUGAAGAGUACACAUCGGUGUGAAGCUAUGCAUUCAGUGUUGAAGAGAUUUCUGACAAGUCGCCUAAAGCUAUUUGAAUUUGUUGAACAGUUUCACAGAGGUCUACGACGACUGAGGUACGAGGAGCUGCACAAUGAUCAUGUAAGUAAUGACUCAACUCCGGUUUGUGAUGGUCAUUUAUUGAGUCUUGAGAAACAUGCUGCUGAGCUCUUUACUCGAGAUAUGUUUUUCAAGGUUCGAAAGCAAAUGAAAAGAGAGCCACUUCUAUAUAGUACAUCCGCUGUGACAGAAAGUGGAAGAGUUUCUUAUUCCCUGUCUCAAUAUUCUGAUCCUAACUCAAAGUGGAGAGUCACUUAUUAUCCUGCAGUUCGAGAUAUCAGGUGUUCUUGUCAGUUGUUUGAGACUAAAGGCAUACCUUGUUGUCAUUGUUUCUUUGUUAUGAAAUUCAACAAUAUUAGUCUGUUACCACGUGAUUUGGUACUGAAACGGUGGUGUAAGGAUGCAAAAAAGGAUGUGAAUGUAAAGCUGGACAAUCCUGAAGUUAAUACUGUGAUUAGGUGCGGAACCUUGAGUGGUUUCUGUGGGAAACUUUAUCAUUAUGCUUCACAGACAAAUGAACGAUAUCAAAUGGUGAAAAUGAUGUGGAGAAGUUGA